CACCUCCACUUUCCUUUUUGGCCUCUUAUUUUCAGAUUUAACUGUGUGCUCUCUCUACUUUACUCUACUCUCUCCUCCUCCUUAAGAAAGUUUUUAACUCUCCUAGGUUUUUCUUUUUUUUUGGGAAUAAAAAGAAGAAGAAAUGGGUGUUCUUGAUCAUGUCUCUGAAAUGUUUGACUGCUCUCAUGGUCACAAAAUUAAAAAGCGCAAACAGUUGCAGACGGUGGAGAUCAAAGUGAAAAUGGACUGCGAAGGUUGCGAGCGGAAAGUGCGGCGUUCUGUGGAAGGCAUGAAGGGUGUGUCUUCUGUGACGUUGGAGCCCAAAGCCUCAAAAGUCACUGUGGUCGGCUACGUCGAUCCCAACAAGGUGGUGGCUCGAAUGGCUCACAGGACCGGCAAGAAAGUCGAGCUCUGGCCAUAUGUUCCCUACGACGUGGUCGCUCAUCCUUACGCUGCCGGUGUCUACGACAAGAAGGCACCCUCCGGUUAUGUCCGAAGAGCCGAUGACCCUGGAGUGUCGCAGCUGGCUCGUGCUAGCUCCACUGAGGUCCGCUACACUACUGCAUUUAGCGACGAGAACCCGGCGGCUUGUGUGGUCAUGUGAUGACUGUUUCAAAUUUGUUAUGGAUUAAUAUUGUCUGUCUUGUUUUGUAUAUUAAUACCAUAAUGGUAGGUUUCUUGUUUUGCUUUUAGUGCCUUGUUAUUCUCUGUAUUCCUCACACUCUUUAUGAUUGUAAUAUUUGUUUUUCUUUUCUUCCAAAGACUAAUAAUGUUGAUAAAUUAUC